AUGUCCAACCCACCACUCAAGGUGUUAAACACAACUCUAGCAUUAUUGAAAGAUGACAUGGGUGUGACAUGGGACUUUGAAGACCUGGGACGAGCAUAUGAUAAAGCCAAGAAAGUUGUUGAAAAGGAAGGGAUCCCAAGGUUUUACUUGAGGGCUUUGGUGGAACUUGAAGAUUUUGUCUCUGAGUGCUGGGAAGACAGAGAGGCUAGAAAACAGCUGAGCAAAAACAAUGCAAAAUCCCUGACCACUUUGAGACAGAAACUAAAAAAAUAUAACAGGGACUUUGAGCAAGGCAUUUCAGAUUAUAGGGAGAACCCAGACCAAGAUGAAGAGGAAGAAGGCUCAGAUGAUGAAGAAAGAGACUCUGAUGAAGAGGAGGAGGAUGAUGAUGAUGAUGACAAGGAUGAGAAUGACACCCAAAUGAUAGCAGAUUUUAUAAAGAAGCCACCUCCCUCCUCUAAGCCAAAUGUAUCUAAAUUCUUAAAGGAUGGAGAUGAGGACUCUGGUGAUGAGAGUGACUGGGGUGACGAAAGUGAUGAGUCAUCUGAGCUCAGCUCUGACGAUGAAAAAUAUGGUGGAAACUUGGCCUUGAAGUUUUUAAAAAAGACUACAGAACAGGAGAAGGCAAAAAAGGAUGCCAAAAAGAAAGAAGUGAAGGAGCGUAAACAGACAAAGAAAGUAGACAAGGCCCAAGAUGAAGAUGAAGGAGAGUGGGAGCAGGUGAAAGGAGGGGCACCCAUGAUAGCUGAGAAACCCAAAAUGUUUGGGAAGGAUGUAGAAAUCAACCAUAAGGUUGUAUGUAUGAAGUUGAUUGAGAUUGUAGCAGCUCGUGGCAAGAAGGGCACAGACAGGAAUGAGCAAAUCAAUAUGCUAAUUGAACUGAACUCUAUUGCCUCUGAAAACAACCUUGGUCCUGCUAUGGAAGCAAAAAUUAUGUUUAACAUUGCUGCAGCCCUGUUUGAUUAUAACCCAAACAUAGCUACCUGCAUGAGAGCUGAGAUGUGGGAAAGGUGUAUAGAGUUUGUACUUGAACUGUUGAAUUUAUUGAUUACCAAUAAAGAAAUAUCUGUAGGAGAAGAUAUUACAGAAGAGUCUGAACAGUUAGAGGUAGCCCCUUAUUUGGUGCGUGGGUGUAUCCUGACUGUUGUGGAGAGAAUGGAUGAAGAGUUCACCAAGAUGCUGCAGGGCUGUGAUGCUCAUAGUACAGAAUAUGUGGAGAGGUAG